GGAGCGCGUGCACGGGGGUCCUGGCGCGCUGAGGCGGGCCGGAGCGCGAUGGAGCCGGAGGAGGGCUGGAGCCCCCGCAGGGGCAAUCCCUUCUGGACGGCCGUCUUCGACUACGAGGCCGCGGCCGAGGAGGAGCUGACGCUGCGGCGGGGGGACGUGGUGGAGGUGCUCUCCAAGGACUCCACCGUGUCCGGCGACGAGGGCUGGUGGACGGGGAAGGUCCAGGGCAAGGUGGGGGUCUUCCCCAGCAACUACGUGAGCAGCGAGCCGGCCGCCGCGGGGCCGCUGGAGGUCUCCUUCGAGGAGCUGCUGCUGGACGAGAUCAUCGGCGUGGGCGGCUUCGGCAAGGUCUACAAGGGGCUGUGGCGCGGCGAGGAGGUGGCGGUGAAGGCCGCCCGGCAGGACCCCGACGAGGACAUCAGCGUGACGGCGGAGAGCGUGCGGCAGGAGGCCCGGCUCUUCAGCAUGCUGCGGCACCCCAACAUCAUCGCCCUGAAGGCCGUGUGCCUCAGCCCCCCCAACCUCUGCCUGGUGAUGGAGUUCGCCCGGGGCGGCGCGCUCAACCGGGCCCUGGCGGGGCGCAAGGUGCCCCCCCACGUGCUGGUCAACUGGGCCGUGCAGAUCGCCCGCGGCAUGAACUACCUGCACAACGAGGCCGUGGUGCCCAUCAUCCACCGAGACCUGAAAUCCAUCAACAUCCUGAUCCUGGAGAAGAUCGAGAACGACGACCUGGCCCACUGCACCCUGAAGAUCACGGACUUCGGGCUGGCCCGCGAGUGGCACAGGACGACGAAGAUGAGCGCGGCCGGGACCUACGCCUGGAUGGCCCCCGAGGUCAUUAAGCUGUCCCUCUUCUCCAAGAGCAGCGAUGUCUGGAGCUUCGGGGUGCUGCUGUGGGAGCUGCUGACCGGCGAGGUGCCCUACCGGGAGAUCGACGCCCUGGCCGUGGCCUACGGCGUGGCCAUGAACAAGCUGACGCUGCCCAUCCCCUCCACGUGCCCCGAGCCCUUCGCCCACCUCCUGGAGGAGUGCUGGGACCCCGACCCGCACGCCCGCCCGGCCUUCGGCAGCAUCCUGGGGCGCCUGCUGGCCAUCGAGCAGUCGGCGAUGCUGGCCAUGCCCCUGGAGUCUUUCCACUCGCUGCAGCAGGACUGGAAGCUGGAGAUCCAGAGCAUGUUCAGCGACCUGCGCACCAAGGAGAAGGAGCUGCGGAGCCGCGAGGAAGAGCUGCUGCGGGCGGCCCAGGAGCAGCGGACGCAGGAGGAGGUGCUGCGCCGGCGGGAGCAGGAGCUGGCGGCCCGGGAGAUCGACAUCGUCGAGCGGGAGCUGCACCUCAUCAUGCACCAGAUGCACCAGGAGAAGCCCGGCGUCAAGAAGAGGAAGGGCCACUUCAAGCGCAGCCGCCUCAAGCUGCGGGACGGCAACCGCAUCAGCCUGCCCUCGGGCUUCGAGCACAAGAUCACGGUGCAGGCGUCGCCCACGCUGGAGAGGCGGAAGGGGCUGGGGGCCGACGGCACCAGCCCCCCCGGCAGCCCCAGCAUCAUCCCCCGCCUCAGGGCCAUCUGCCUGACGCCCCUGGACGGGAGCCGGACGUGGGGCCGCAGCGGGCCGCCGCGGGCCGAGGCACUGGUGGGCAGCAAGAAGAAGGGCCGGACGUGGGGGCCCAGCUCCACGCUGCACAAGGAGCGGCUCGGCGGCGAGGAGAGGCUCAAGGCCCUGGGCGAGGGCUGCAAGCAGUGGUCGUCCAGCGCCCCGAACCUGGGCAAGUCGCCGCGGCACGUGCCCAUGGCGGUGGGCUUCGCCAGCCUCACCGAAAUGGAGGAGUACGCCGAGGCGGAGGAGCCCGGCGCGCCGCCCUCGCCCCCCGGCAGCCCCCGGCCCGCGGCGGGGGGGGCGGCGGCGGCGGCGGGGGGGGCCCGGCCGGGGGCGGCGGCGGCGGCGGGGGGGCGGCGGGGCCGCAGCGGGGCGGCGCUGCUGGGCUGCGCCUCGGUGCUGGCGGCGGUGGCGCUGGGCGCGGGGCUGCCCGGGGCCCCCCCCGCCGCGCCCCCCCCGGCCGCGCCCCCCCCGGCCGAGCCGCCGCCCGCCCCGGCCGAGCCCCGCCCGCCGCCGCCGCCGGAGCCCGCGGCCGCCCCGCGCCGCCCGCGCCAGUCGCUGACGCCCACGCGAGUCGCCGCCGCCCGCCGCGGGCACCGCCGCACCCCCUCGGACGGGGCCCUGCCCCACGGCCACGGUGCCCGGGAGGCGCCGGAGCCGCCGCUGCCGCCGCCGCCGUCGCGCCGCCGCGGCCCGGAGCCGUCGCCGCCGCCGGAGGCGCCGCCCGCGGAGCGGCCGCGCUCGCUGCCCUUCGCCCCGCGCCCGCGGCCCGCGCCCGCCCGGCCCCGGCCCGACCCCUGGGCGCUGGUGUCGGCGCGGGGGGCGCGGGCCGCGGCGCCGCCGACGCUGCUGGACCUGGACGCGGAGGGGCAGAGCCGCGACAGCACCGUGCCGCUCUGCGGGCGCCCCGCGGCCGCCCGCGACGGGGCCCCCGGCGCCGGGCCCGGCCCCGACGGCGCCCACAGCCACGGCUCCAGCACCGACGGCUCCCACGGCGACGGCACCGGCUCCAGCACCGACAUCUCCCACUGA